CAGAUACCAGCAUGGCAGCAAGGAAAGACCUAAAUGUAGAGAGUUUCUUGAAACUUUUAGAAGACCUUCCAUCGGAUUACGACUCUGAUACAGAUGUAGAAGAGGAAAUAGAUAACCCCGAGUUUGAGGAUGACCUUACCCAAUUCAGCCACAGUACUGUAUCAAUUGAUCCCUUAUUACGAGCUCAAAGAGAAUCUGAAGAAGCCACAGCAAAUUAUGAACUUAUUGCAACUCACCUGGAGCAUCCUACAUCAGGCAAAGAGGGGCAUCCCUCUACUAGUUAUCAAUGUCAGCACGACAGACGGCGUUGGAGGAAGAAGCCGGAAGCUGCUCAGAAUGUAGAGUUCCAACCUAAUUCAAUGAAUGAGAAUUCAUAUUCGUCUGCACUCCAUGCCUUUCUACAAUUUUUUGAUGAGGAUACAAUCAGUAAUAUUGUUUAUCAGACAAAUCUUUAUAGUGUGCAAAAGGGUAGAGCAAUAUCUUUGAGCAAAGAUGAAUUUUAUGUGUUCUUAGGUAUCAACGUAGUAAUGGGUUAUCAUAAACUUCCAGGUUUGCAUCAUUAUUGGGCAACAGCUGAAGACCUGGGUGUUAGGCCUAUUCGAGAAGCAAUGGCACGUGAUAGAUUCAUGAGUAUUCUUAGUAAAUUGCACUUGAAUGACAACUCCAAAAUGAAUCCAAAUAAUAAGGAUAAGCUGUAUAAGCUAAGGCCACUUAUUGAAAGCCUAAAUAGGAUUUUUUUAGACAUAAGGUCUCCUGGAGAACAGCUAAAUGUUGAUGAAUCAAUGAUUCGUUUCAAAGGGAGAUUUAAUUUCAAACAAUAUAAUCCCAUUAUACCAAUCAAAAGGGGUUAUAAAAUGUGGUGUCUUGCAGAUAAUGCAGGAUACAUUUUUAAGUUUGAUAUAUAUACUGGCAAAGGGGGAGACACUGAGCCAAAUUUGAGGAAAGAAUAUGGUUUAGGUGGAGAAGUAGUUCUGAAAUUGACCGACCAUCUCAGAGGCAAAAAUCACAAAGUCUUCUUUGACAACUUUUUUACAUCUUUUGCUCUCCUAGAAUUAUUGCAAAGUUUUCGGAUUCAAGCAUGUGGCACUAUCAGACCAACAAGAAAAGAUUUUCCUUGUCUAGCAGGUGACAAAGAACUAACAAGAGGAGACUUUGAUUACAGGUCCACACCAAAUGGUAUAACUGCCUACAAAUGGAAGGAUAAUAAAGCAGUUCAUUUAGCUUCCAACUAUCAUGGUAUUUCCCCAACAACUGUCAAAAGAACAGAGAAAGAUGGAAACAAGAUAAUAAUUCCAUGCCCACAAGUAGUAAAAGACUAUAACAAGAACAUGGGCGGAGUAGAUAAGCACAAUAUGCUACGGCAACUGUAUGGCACAAACAGAAAGAGCAUGAAAUGGUGGCACAGAAUUUUUCUUUGUCUUCUUGAUAUGAGUAUUUUUUUCAACUUCCGUACAGAGCUUGCCAGAGGACUUCUGACUUAUACAAAAGAUCGUAAAGCUCGAGGAACGCCCAAGCGAAGGAAAACUGAGUACAAUAUACCAACGUCAGUUAGAUUUACCAAUACUGGGGUACAUUGGCCAAAAUUCACUCAGAAAAAGGAAGAAAGUGAGGUAUGCUCCAAGAAAGGAAUAGAGUCACGACCAAUAUCAGUAUGCAGUCAUUGUGCCAAUGUUUAUUAUAACGUGUGA